AUGGUUCUUGCGCUUGGCACACUGCUAAGCCACCGUAACAAAGACAUGGGCAACACUCAGGUCCAGCCUCCAGAGGAAGCCCUCUGCGACCUGGACACACAUCAGGGUUUACCGGUGGUCCAGCUCUAUGUAAUGCCGUCCUUCUUUCUGGCGGUGCUGAUCCUCGGGCUUCCCCUCAACCUGCUCUCCCUCUGGGUUUACUUCCACCGCCUGCGUCGUUGGACCCGCAGCACGGUGUUCCUCUUCAACCUGACCCUGGCUGACACCGCCUGGCUGCUGGCCCUACCUUUCCUCAUCCACUACCAUCUGGAGCGGCUCUACUGGAGGCUGGGGCUGCCGCUCUGCACAGCUGUCAGGAUGCUCUACCACAACUAUUUCUACCUCAGCAUCUUCUUCGUCACCUGCGUCAGUGUGGACCGGUACCUGGCCAUCGUGCACCCGCUGCGCUCGCUGGUGCUGCUGGGCCGGAGGAAGACGUGCCUGCUGUGUGCGGCGGUGUGGGCGGCCACUCUGGUCCUCAGCAUACCUGUUGCCAGAAUGACUAUUAUCCAGACUUGCCCUGGGAGCAACCGCACGGUCUGUACCCUGUACGUACUGCUAAGUGAGACCGGGGAGAGCCUCCCCUAUUCCAUCUUCUGCUCCACCGUUGCCUUUCUCUUCCCGCUGCUCUCCAUUUGUUACUGCGGCCUGCGCAGCGUCAGAGAGCUGCGCCGCAGGCCCGGCCCGCACCACAAGCAGCGCCGGCUCCGGCGGGUGCUGAGCGCAGCGCUGGUUCUCUUCGCCUUGUUUUACCUGCCCUACCACCUGAGCCGCAACGCCGCCGUCGUGAUGCGGGCAGUCUACCCAGACGACCACGCCUCCUGGGGGCCCCCAGACCUGGCCUUCGCCCUGGAGAUGUGCUUCUGCAGCCUCAUCACCUGCGUCAACCCUCUGUUCAGCUGCUUCAUAGGCCGCCAGUUCCGAGAAGAUUUUCACUACACGUUUACUCUCAUGUUUUCCCAGUGUCCAGGCAUGCAGGUGGCCUCUCUCAUAUCCAAGCGGACCCGGAUGACGGUGAGGAAGAGGCAGGGGAUGUCCACUGUUACACCCGUGUGCGCACUGCCUGCAUCUGGAUCCCAAUGA